CGAAACCAAAACCAAUAUAAUUGAUCAUAUAUCAAAAAAAUGGUUAGAUCGGUUUGGUUCUGUUGGGUGGAGCGUAGACGUGACCCAUUGAGCAUUUACAGCCCUAACCGUACCAACUGAGCCACCCAUCAGUUGGUGGGGUUUAGGGUUUAGGCCAUAGAUCGUGCUGGGGAUUGAUUUGGUGUUUCAGCAGGAAUAAUGGGAACCGAUUCUGUUGUUUAGGCAUCAAAGAAACAGCAAUCAAAACUUUUUGAAGAUCCGAUCAUUGCAGUAAGAUUGUAGAAGAACGAGAUAAGAAAAUGGGUAGCAGAUUGGGAAGAAGACUUGUGCACUUCGCAAAUCUCCCUAUUAAGCUUCUCAUGCCAUCUUCUUUCACCAACAUCAAAGAGAUUGCUCUCAAGACCAUCCCUUCAGCUUCAAAGAUUGAAAUCAAGAGGGUUCUUGAAUCUCUAUACGGCUUUGAAGUUGAAGAAGUCCGAACCCUGAACAUGGAAGGCAAGAAGAAGAAGAGGGGUGGAAUCUUGAUUGCAAAGCCAGAUUACAAGAAGGCCUAUGUAACGUUGAAGAAUCCAUUAUCGAUCUCUCCUGACCUAUACCCAAUUCGCAUCAUUGAGGAGGAGAAGAAGAGCAUCAAUAAGCAGUCCAAGUCGAGUAUUGUCGAGGAUGGGGAGGUGAAAUCGCAUUGGCUUGACGGAAAGGCUGAUGGUAGGUUUAAGCCCGAGAAGCAAUCUGGUGAGAGAGGUGGUCGUGGAGGUCGUGGUGAUAGCGAUGCUGGAACUGCUAAAUUCCCCUGGAGCAGUAUGCGUAAAUCGAAGUAGCUCUGUUGGUAAUUCGUCCAUUUAUGGUUUCAUAUAUUUCUGUAGUUUAGAUUGUUGUGAUAAAGAGAGUUGGGGGGGGGGGUUAGAAGAAAUAUCUAUAGUUUUGUUGGAGAUGGUUGAUGCUGUUAAUGAUUCUUAGUUUUUAUUGAAAAUCAUGGAUUGUUUUAAUUUGAGUCGGGAUAUCUUUUUAGAUCCUUCCUUUAUGCUAUGGAUGUUUAUCAUGGAAAUUUGAAAGCGAAAAGGUGCCUUUUAAGUUAUUUCCAAUAACCAGUUAAUUGAAAUUGAUUUGCCAGGGGUUUUGAAAAA